UCUUUUUAAACUUCAGUUAACAGCACUUUUACAAAAGUCAGUUAUGAAAGCAUAGGUGUCAAAUGACUAAACUAAUUCUGAAAGUAAAUAUCAACUCUACAAUCACUUCUGGUAUUUCUCUAGCUAUUGUUUCUUAAAGUAGCAGGAAUAAAAGGAGGCUUACCAUAUCUUUCAAUGUAAUAUGCUUGCUUUGGACUUACGUUGUAAAAGAAUUGCUCACAACAGACAAGUAUCUACAUGCAGUGCUGCCACUUCAAGACUAGCCUAAAAGAGGAGUGAAUAAAAAUGGCCUAGCAACACUUUAUGCCCAUCCCACCACUGGUCAGUGUAAGCCAAGCGAAACUUACUAAGUGAAAACUGGAAUUUACUUUAGAAAAUGAACUUGAUUUUCUAAUGUGAAGAGUAGUGAAUUCAUUCUCUGAAAUGUAAGAAGUCAUGCGAGCAUUUUUAGUCUUUUACCAAAUAAUUCAGUAUUUAACUGAAUUUAUAUGAAUCUACGUAUACUUCCUAUUUUUAGGCCCUUUGUAAAUUGAGCAUGUGCUCAUCUUCAUAAAAUGACAUGUGAGGAAUAGUUUUCGUAUUUAUUUUUCAUUUCCAAUCAACUAGGGAUCACAUUUCUAUCACUAAUCGAUUAGAUUUUGUUGUUGUUGUUAGUUUAUCAAUGUAGCACAAAAGCUCUUAAAUGUAGGAAAUAAAUCAAUAAAUGAGAGAAAAAUAUUGGACUUUGUUUACUGGUGUUAUCAGGAAUGGGGUCGCACUGAGAAGAGUUUAGUGCAUGUUGGAGAAAAGUCGGGAAAAAAAGACUAAAAGUAACACCUGUGAAGUAAGAUUAAAUACGGUGCCUAGAGUUAUUUUAGCCAGAAAUGAGAUGUGAUGUAAUAACUAUCUUUAUAGAUAAAAAUUUAUUGCGGAAUAUAAUGACUAAUUGCUAUUCAUCUGCACUGAAAUCUGAAAAGAAAAACUUCAAUGUAGAAAUAGAAAAUAAUAUAUAUUUAACCAAUACUUAGAAUGAUAGCCUAAAGGUUGAUGGACAGGCAUUAGAAUGCUUGUGUUGGGACAUAUGCUUGGAAAAAGGGCAGAGCUUUAAAUGUAGCAAUCUUCUCUGACAUGAAUGAUGACAGAGCUUGCCCUUAAGGCAGAGGGCUGAACCAGUUGGCUUCCACAGGUCCCUUCCAGAUCUGUAAUUCUCUGGGUCCCUUCUAUUGCUAGCCUUCUGAGGAGUGAACGAGAGUACCUGCCACAGCAAGUACCUGCCUUUUCGGGAGCUCCAACAGUGCCAAAGGAGGCAGCAGCAAAACAGCAUCUCUUCCAACAGAAGACUUCACUCAAAGGCGGCGGCGGGCAGCGGGGCUUCUCGCUCCGGCAGCAACGGCGACAGCGGCAGCGGCUUCCGGAGUCCCGCCGCGAAGAUGCUCAAAGUCACGGUGCCCUCAUGCUCGGCCUCGUCCUGCUCUUCGGUCACCGCCAGUGUGGCCCCGGCGGCCGGGAGCCUCGUCCCGGAUUACUGGAUCGACGGCUCCAACAGGGAUGCUUUGAGUGAUUUCUUCGAGGUGGAGUCGGAGCUGGGACGGGGUGCUACAUCCAUUGUGUACAGAUGCAAACAGAAGGGGACCCAGAAGCCUUAUGCUCUCAAAGUGUUAAAGAAAACAGUGGACAAAAAAAUUGUAAGAACUGAGAUAGGAGUUCUUCUUCGCCUCUCACAUCCAAACAUUAUAAAACUUAAAGAGAUAUUUGAAACGCCGACAGAAAUCAGUCUGGUCCUAGAACUCGUCACAGGAGGAGAGCUGUUUGACAGAAUCGUGGAAAAGGGGUAUUACAGUGAACGAGAUGCUGCAGAUGCUGUUAAACAAAUCCUGGAGGCAGUUGCUUACCUACAUGAAAAUGGGAUUGUCCACCGUGAUCUCAAACCAGAGAAUCUUCUCUAUGCAACUCCAGCUCCUGAUGCACCACUGAAAAUUGCUGAUUUUGGACUCUCUAAAAUUGUGGAACAUCAAGUGCUCAUGAAGACAGUAUGUGGAACCCCAGGGUAUUGCGCACCUGAGAUUCUUAGAGGUUGCGCCUAUGGACCCGAGGUGGACAUGUGGUCUGUAGGGAUAAUCACCUACAUCUUACUUUGUGGAUUUGAACCAUUCUAUGAUGAAAGAGGUGAUCAGUUCAUGUUCAGGAGAAUUCUGAAUUGUGAAUAUUACUUUAUCUCCCCCUGGUGGGAUGAAGUAUCUCUAAAUGCCAAGGACUUGGUCAGAAAAUUAAUUGUUUUGGAUCCUAAGAAACGGCUGACUACCUUUCAAGCUCUCCAGCACCCAUGGGUCACAGGUAAAGCAGCCAAUUUUGUGCACAUGGAUACUGCUCAAAAGAAGCUCCAAGAAUUCAAUGCCCGGCGCAAGCUUAAGGCCGCAGUAAAGGCCGUGGUAGCUUCCUCCCGGUUGGGAAGUGCCAGCAGUAGCCAUGGCAGCAUUCAGGAAAGCCAGAAGGCCAGCCAAGAGCCACCUCCAAUCCAAGAUGGCAAUGAAGAUGUUAAAGCUAUUCCAGAAGGCAAGAAAGUUCAAGGAGAUGGGGCCCAAAUGGCAGUUGAGAGGGCAGAGGCUGAGCUGAUGAAGGUACAGGCCGUACAGGAAGUUAAAGCUGCUGCUGAGGCCACCAAGAUAGUGUCCGAGGCACUAGCUGACAGGAUAAAGGUGGCUGACCCAGAAAUCGAGGAGGGCUCAGCAGAGGAGAAGCUGAAGACUUUGGAGGAAGCAGCAGCCCCCAAAGAAGGGCAAGGAAAUCCUGCUCUGGGGUUUGGAGCUCAGCAGAAUGAUGUGAUCCUGCCGGAGUACUAAACUGGCUAACUUCCAUCCUGGAAGCCAAAUCCUGGCACUUUAUGCGUUUUAUCCUUUAGCAAGGAAGGUGUGGAAGCAUGAUAUGCACUAUAGUGAUUCUGUUUUUGAGGUACCAAAAAAAAAAAAAUAUAUAUAUAUAUAUAUGUAUCAGUUGGUAAUCCUAACUUUCAUGCAUGUGACUGCUUUAUGAAAAAAUAGUGUCUUCUAUGGUAUGUAAUGGAUACCUAAUACCAAUGAGUUUAAUUUGAAAUUGCAAGUAAACACAACCUAACAUUUAAAAACAUGCAUUUUCAGGGACCAAUAGCACACACUUGAAGUAAAUUAGUAACAAAUUGUUUUUGCUUUGAAAACCUAGCCAUCCUAUAUACCCUUUGGAUUUCUUCACAAGGCAGUCCAUCAUUCCUCUGGACUAUUGCUCAGUUAGUACUAGGUAAUAAUACUCUAAACUGUGUUCCUACGACGUUCACAUUUUAUUUUUCAUCAAUGUGCUCAAAUUGUUUACAAGGCGAUGGUCAUAGGUUAUAGCUAUAUUGUAUGUAGGGGGAAAAAAUCCACAACGGUAAGAAACUGAAGCAUGCUUUAAGGGCCACAAAACCAUACACCCCAAAGCUUGUGUGGAGAAUGCUUUUUUAUUUUGCCCUUAUUUAUACGCACUAUAUUACUAGUAACCAAAAAUGUUUUGUCAUUAAAUUCUGCCACUUUACAGUCCUGGAGAAAGUAUUUUACAGACUCGUGCUGAGGAAUGCAUUCUUUCCUUCACCUGCUCCCUAAUACAAUGUUCUGAUGGACCACACUUAGGAAGGUAUAAAGAAAUUUAGUGAAGAAAAGGAAAUAAGACUGGGAUUUAGAAUAACAAAAUUGGUUCUUUGUCAUUUUUUUAGAUAAAAUUGGAUUUAUUCAUAGUUUGUACAACUUUAAAUAACUUUUUUUUUUUUUUUAAUAAACUAUAAUUACCAAGUUUCAAAUACUUAGAAAAAUCCCACCCCACAGGCCGGUGCCAAAAUGUCUGAAUAGAGUGGGAAUAGCAUUCCAUUAUUGAUUUUACUAGAGUAAGGGCAUAUUUUUGUUUAUAAAAGUCUUUUUUCCUUCAAUUGAUGGUAAUUUAGAUAUACUGUUUAUAAACUAAAGAUAUUUCUGAAAAGUUAGUAUAUCUUUUUCUAUCUUUUUCUCAUACUUGGCAUGGAAGUGCCCACAUUUUACAAUGUAAUUUUGAAAGUUUCCGUGUGAAGAAAUUUAGGACAGUGCAAUUUAUUAUUUACCUUAAAAAACAAAAAGAAACAAAGAAAAAACUCUGAUUUCAAAUCAAAUCAGACCCUUGAGAAGCUGUAACAUUCGAUCUAAUACUUCACUAUGAUUUCUUUCAAAAUAUAUUUCUUGUGAUUUUCAUGUGAACGUUUUUCCCUUAUAGAAAUCACACUUAAAUUCCAAGUACCUCAGUUUUAUUUCUAGUUUGAAUGGAAAUGAAUUUUAUGAAAUUAAUUAUGCAUCACAAUUUUAGCACAUUACCUUAAUUUCAAAAAAGGAUUAUUUUCAAAGAAAAAAAAUGAUAGACAUAAAAAUGACUAUUGCAUAAAAAUCUUCAUCAAAAAAUGAGAUCUUAAAUUCUUUUGGCUCUUCUUCAAAACUGUUAAAUCAGAAAAUAAAAUGAAAUGUCUGGUUUUGGGGGCUAUUGGACCUUCGUUGAAACAUUCAGCAUUCCAAGUGCAAAUCUUCCUUUACUGCUGUUCUCCUGAGAAAAACAAGGUAGGACUUCUCAUCUUUCCUAGUUUAGGGGCCUGACAGGUCACUGCCAUGGAGGAAAUAGCCCUGAGGGGCACAUCAUUUGGGCUCAGAGCAAGAUUAUUUUUUAUUUAUUUAUUUUUGUUAAUUAGUAAAGAGUACUUAUCCUCUUUUUUCCUGUUCCUUUCCUUUCUUCUUUAUUUUUUCUCAAAAUUCCCAUUUUUAGCUAUUAUGAAGGGCUCACUACUUUUAACCUUUAAAAAUGCCUUUAUUACUAAGUAUUAAAAUUUCCAUUUAAAAAAGAUCCUGGUGUACUUUUCCCAAUGAGACUUAGAGGGAAAGGGAUCUUAUUAGAGUGUGGCAAUUUAUUGGAAGAGCAACAUAUACCAUCCCCACCAGUCUCCUCCCAUAUCGUUCCAAGGGCAGUCCUUACAUCAUUCCGAUACUCCAGGCAGACUUCAGUGGAUGAUGGGAACAGCAUUAGAAAUGCCAGGGCCGAUGUGUGUUUCAGAAUUCGACCCAUUUAGAUGAGUACACAUGCCUAUUCCUUGGUGAGUAUUCCAUGGUGUGAGGGUAAUUUCCUCUAUUUAUUUUUAAACUUGUAAAUUACAGUGUAUAAAAAUCAAUGGGAGUUUUCAAUUUUGACUUAUAUGUUAAAGAUUAAGUCCUGAUAAUGCCUACAUAGUGAUGAAUUUAGUAAUUUCAGUGGAAAAUAAGUCAAACUUUCACAAAAAUUGGUCAUUUCAGCCAAGAGAGUCGAUCUAAGAUUUUAUAGAAAUAUAACCUAAGUUAUAUUGGGUAAUUGGGUUAGCAUUUUGAAAGAACAGUAAACAUUUAUACUGCUUGUUAAAAUGGGAUAUAUUAUCUCUCACAAAGAUUAUUCAGCUAAAUAAUGGCAGAUAGAGCUUUGACAAACUUCUUCAUAAUGUUACCCCUAAUUGACAAUAUAGUCAAAUUAUGUAUGAAGCAAAACAAUUAAGGGAUUUUCAGCAAAGAGCAACUAUGUUUUAUAUUUCAGAUAUGAUAGUUAUUAUAUUACAUUAUUAAUUUUUGUUUUCAGAUAAGUUCAGAUGCACAGCAUAACUAUUUUACCAUGAAGGACAAUCUUGAUAUCCCCCAUUUAAAAAGUCUAAUUGGAAUCCUGGCGAUUUUUCUCAAACAGUUAAGAGUUCAUUUGUCCCAUGAAUAUAUAAAUAAGGUAGAAGUUCCAGUAAUACAGUUGUAGAAGCUAUCAGCUAAAACAAGUGCCAUCAAAUAUAAAUGUGAUGCAAGUCACAUACAUAAUUUUAAAUUUUCUUUUAGCCACAUUUUAAAAAGUAAAAAUCAAAACACAAAAAUAGGUGAAAUUAACUGUGUAUUUUAAUCCAAUGUAUCCAAAUAAUAGUUACUUUCACCAUUAAUCAAUAUGAAAAAUUAUCCAGCAUGUAAUCAAUAUGAAAAAUUAAUGAGAUACUUAAAAUUUUAUUUUUAUACUAAAGUCUAUGUUGCACCUUUAAUCAAUCAAGUGCUCAAUAGCCACAUGUAUGGGAAAAGCACUGUUCUGGAAGCAUUUUUUUAAGAAAAAUGACGCAUGAAUUUCUAUGCUUAGAUUAGAGCUGCCUCAGUUUCCCACACUGAGGAAUUGGUAGGAGGCUAAAAAGAAAAUGUUUCAGAAACAUCAUACACUGAAAUAAAUAAAAACUCUAUUGGCUGCUUCUGCUGAUUCACGUGCUUCUGAGAAGGAGUGUUUUCCCAGCAUGACUUUUAGAGAACAGUACUUUCCUGGGCAUUGCUAAACUGUCUGUUGGCCAUAGCACCUCUCCCGUUUGGGCCCUGGAAUCUUGACUG